AUGAACCUCGUCACGGUGGACCCGAGCACCUUUCCUCCGGCAGCGGUGACGGCGGCGGCAGAGUGGAACGGCUCGAGCAGCAUCAUCAACGCCUACUUCGGCAACCUGUCGUCGACCGACGCAAGCGCCAACGUCACCGACAUCACCGACACCGAUGACGACGCGAGCCGGUCGAAGUUCGGUCUCGCCGUGCUCAUCCUCUUCUCAUUCGGCGCCGGAAUCCUGAGUGUCAUGACGGCGAUCGGCAACCUCAUGGUGAUGAUUUCGUUUCGCAUGGACAAGCAGCUGCAGACGGUGAGCAACUACUUCCUGCUGAGUCUCGCCGUCGCCGACGUGUCGAUCGGCUUUAUCUCGAUGCCGCUCUUCACGAUGUACAUCCUCAUGGGCUACUGGUCACUCGGGCCGAUCGUCUGCGACACGUGGCUGGCGAUGGACUAUCUGAUGAGCAACGCGUCCGUGCUCAAUCUGAUGAUCAUCAGCUUCGACCGCUACUUCUCCGUCUCGCGUCCGCUCACGUAUCGCGCGCGACGCACGCCGAAACGCGCCUCGCUGAUGAUCGCCUGUGCGUGGAUUAUUUCGCUGAUGCUGUGGCCGCCGUGGAUCUUCGCGUGGCCGCACAUCGAAGGCGAGCGCACGGUGCCGGACGACGACUGCUACAUACAGUUCCUCUACACGAGUCCGACGAUCACCGUCGGCACGGCGGCCGCCGCCUUCUACGUGCCGGUGACCGUCAUCACGAUUCUCUACUGGCGCAUCUGGCUCGAGACGGAGAAACGCAAGAACGACCUCGCCGGCCUGCAGGCAGUGCGCAACUCGAACUGCGCGUCGGCGUCGCACAAAGGCAGCAAGAAGUCGCAGUUGUCCGACGCCGAGCACGACUCGCGCGUGUCCGUCAAGCGCUCGCGCAGCGACUCUGAGUCGGCCGUCGACGAGCUGACGACGGGUGACGCCGAGCACGGGACCGCCGCGCACUCCGGCAGCGGCGGCGGGGGACACUCGCACGGCAAGCGCACGCUGCUCGACCGACUCAACUGCUGUCGCAAGAUCAUCGACCACGACAACGACUAUCUCGAUGAGGAGACGUCGAGCGACACGCCCGGCUCGCCGAUAGGCUCGAUCAACAUGCACAUAUCGGAUCACAGCACUGUGUCGACGCCGCUGCGGCCCGCGACAAUGCAGGCGAUCAUCAGCCAGGCGAAGGCCGCCAAGUACAGGGAGAAGGAGAAGCAUCCGCGCGCAAACUGCCUCAUCCCGCUCAUGCACAUGGAGAAGAGGCAGAACGGGUCGCGCGACGCGACGUGCGUGCCGACGGCGACGGCGACGCCGACGGCGAUGGCGCUGCGCGGCGCCGACACGGACACGGACUCGAGCGAGUCGGUGUUCACGAUUCUCAUCAAGCUGCCAGGAGAUGGCGCUGCGGACGGCGCCGAGAAGCCGACGAUCACGAUGUACUCGGAUCGGCUCGACGACGACAAGCGCGACGACGACCACGAUGACGACAACGACGCGUGUCGCGACAAGCGGCGGCCGACGAUCGCCGACAACCCGGUGCCAUCGGCGGUCGUCGCCGACCACGAAGACCACAUCGUUCUCGUCGCCGCCGACAACGCGACGAGACUUACGGCGUCGCUGCCCGUCGACCGCGUUGCGGCGGAGCAGACGCCCCCUCCCAGUUACGACGUGGCGUUGCGCGCCGCCGCCGUUCAGGCGAAAUUCGGUGCUAAGUUGGCCGUGAAGGCAAAGUCGCAACGCAAUCGGCGCGUGCGCAAGAACAAGGAGAAGAAGCAGGACCAGAAGGCUGCGAAAACGCUGACGGCCAUCUUGCUUGCCUUCAUCAUCACGUGGACGCCUUAUAACAUUUUCGUGCUCGUGAAAACCUUCUGCGAGGGAGACAGGUGCAUUCCAGAUCCGGUGUGGAAUUUCAGCUAUUACCUGUGUUACAUAAACAGCACCGUGAAUCCGCUGUGCUACGCGCUCUGCAACGUUAACUUUAGGCGGACAUUCAUUCGCAUCCUGACGUGCAAGUGGGGAACGAGGAAGCGACCUCAGGCGGCAGCGUCGAUAAACAAUAGGGCAGCGUUUCUAAAGAAGGCCAACUCAUGAUCAGUUUAAACUUGCGUCGAUGCGGUUUUGCGAUGCAAUAACUUGCAGUUGUGUUCUACAUGUUGAAACGUGGUGGCAUAAUUUUACAUUGCAGUAUAUAUGGAUACUAAUGACUUAAGGCGGGUAAGAGUGGCAAUGCCUGUAACAGGCUGGAGAGAACACCCCGGGGAGAUAUUUCGGCAAAUUGGUUAAUAACCAUUCAUAAUUCAUACGAAAUUUUCGUUUUUUUUGUAUCUCAUUCAUACGAUUUUUGCAGCAUGCAGAUCGUGCCGGUGUAAUGUUACGAUUAUGUAUGGAAACCCCAGUUUUAUAGCUAUUUGAGGAUAUAUUAUUUAUUGACUUUUUGUAUUUUAUUUAUUAAUUUCUAUUUGUUUA